CAAACGUAAAAGACUUCCCCCCACUUCAACGUGCUCUUGCCUUUCUUUCUAUAUACCCCUUCCUCUAUUAUUGUCACAAACCAAUCAAAUCACACUGAAUGCUUAGAGAGAGAAAGAAAAAUUUAGAGAGAGAAAAAACUUGAUAAUGGAAGUUGUUGCAGGGAUGAAAAAGGAGGAAAAGAUGGUGUUUGAUGAAACUGAACUGAGGUUAGGACUUGGAUUGCCAGGGAAAACAACAGAAGUAGUAAGGAAGAGAGGUUUUUCUGAAACUGAGAGUGAAAGUGAAACAAACACUGUGGAUUUGAAGCUUAAUCUUUCUACUAAGGAAGGAGCAACAGAUCCACAAUUUAAGCCAAAGGAGAAGGCUCUUCUGCUCUCUGAUUCUGGUGCCAAGCCUCCUGCUAAGGCACAAGUGGUAGGGUGGCCACCAGUGCGGUCAUUCCGUAAGAACAUGUUUGCUGCCCAAAAGAGCAAUGAAGGAUCAGAAGAAAGUGAAAAGAAGAAUAGCAAUAAUAAUCCAAUAAGCUUUGUGAAAGUUAGCAUGGAUGGAGCACCUUACCUCCGUAAAGUAGACCUCAAGAUGUACAAGAGUUACCCAGAGCUCUCUGAUGCCUUGGCCAAAAUGUUUAACUCCUUUACCACAGGAAAUUGUGAAUCCCAAGGCAUUAAGGAUUUCAUGAAUGAGAGUAAUAAGUUGAUGGAUCUAUUGAACAGCUCCGACUAUGUCCCAACUUAUGAAGACAAAGAUGGCGACUGGAUGCUUGUCGGUGAUGUACCAUGGGAGAUGUUUAUUGAUUCAUGCAAGCGUCUACGUAUCAUGAAAGGAAAGGAAGCCAUUGGACUCGCACCAAGAGCCAUGGAAAAAUGCAAGAACAGGAGCUAGCUAGACUAGUCUUUACAGUCCAUAACCUGCUCCAUGUGAUGCCCAGUUGACUUGGCAACUGAAGCAACGUUAAGCUGCAGCAGAAACAUAUGGACUCAUGAGCUAGCUGUUAAAAAUAUAUAGAUAUAAUUUGUGUAUGUGUAACAUUAUUAUAUGGUUUGUUAUAUAUUAUUUUAAAAAAAAUUAAUUAAGCAUUGAGAUGUCCAAGUAUAAAUUAUGACCAGAAACGAUAAUGACUCUAAAUUAUGUGUUUCUGUUGCAAAACUCUAUUUAUAUUUACUUGUUGUGUGCUUGCAUAAGAAUAAGUAUAAUAAUGCGCUUGUAUGUUGUUGUAACUUCA